GCAAACAGCCGGUCAAUGAUUAACCGGCCCCGGCUGCGCUCCCGCCGCCGCGCGGGGCCACGCGGGGCUCGGGGGCCGCGCGGGGCCGGAGCGGGGCCGGGCCCCGAGCGGCGGCUGUUGGGACCCCGCGGGCACCGCCGCGUCCCGCGGAUGGACGGUGACCCGCCAGCCGUGCCCCAGGCGCGGGGAGCGGAGCAGGGGGAUGGCAGCGGGGCAGCCGGGGGGCUGCCCACCCCCGGCACCCGCAGCGACGCCCCCGCGGCCCGUGGGGACAGGCCCGUGGCCGUGUCGGUGGUCACCAACUCAGCCUUAGAGGGUGCUCCUCCACCUUACUCGCCCCCGGACCCCAAGAGCUUUCACCUCUUCUACCCGCCGUUCCCAGCCGGCUACUCCCAGCAAGGGCCCGUCAUUUACCCGCCGGGGCCGGGACCGCGGCCCUUCCCGGCCCCGGGCUUCCCCCGCGGGCCCCUGCCCUACAGCACGCACAACGCGCAGCCGGCCGCGGGGCCGUCACCCGCCGGCCGCGGGCAGCAGCUGCCCAAGGACUACACGGUGGAGUCGGUGCUGGUGACCCUCUUCUGCUGCGUGCUGACCGGGGUCAUGGCCCUCGUCUACUCGCACGAGACCCGGGCUGCGCUCGCCCGUGGGGACGUGGCCCAGGCGCAUGUGGCAUCCAGAAAGGCUCAGUUACUGAUCCUCUUCAGCCUCCUCUUCGGGUUGUUCGCCUCCAUCAGCUGGAUCAUCUACGUCCUGGUGUCCCUGUACCUGUGACAAGGACCCUGACCCCAGGGACGUGGCGUGUGCCAAGAACUCCUUGUGGCUCGCCACCUAGGUGGGGGGGGUGGGGGGGGUGGGACGACGGGGCACGGGCAGGUGAAGUUGCCACAGCCUUGUGUGGAAACGGGUGACAGUGAAGAGUUUUUGGGGCUGCGGGGCAGCAUCCGAGCUUCCCGGCAGGGCGAGGAGCUGCCCCGGAGCCUGCAUCCAUCUGCUCAGCCCAGGGCAGGAGGAGCCCAGAGCAGGGAGAUGCCGGUACCCCGUCCUGCUGGAUCCAGCCCUGGGCAGGGAGCUGUGAUGGAUCCAUGGGCGGGAUCAGGCUCUGCUGCAGGAUGCUGGAUCCCACUGCUGUGGGCUGUCUCUUGGAGCUGCCAAUGGGACUCUGAUGCAGAGGGAGCAUCUUGUAGGAUUGGGGUUGGAGAUGGAGCAGAAGUAACAGGUGUGUGGGAAAGCCCUCGCUGGUCAUUAAUAGUGUGAGAAGAUACAAACCCAUGUAUGCAGUUCUACAGUAAUUCUGCACACACACACACACACACACACCCCACACACAGCCCCCUGUAUUGCCACCUCUUGCUGCUUCCAGAUUGAAAUAAAAUACAGCUGUA